AUGGAAGAGAAGAACCUGCUCUUGAAUGGCGAAAUUCUGCUCAAUCGAUGGCGUGUCGUGGAGAAAAUCGGCGAGGGCACGUUCAGUCAAAUCUACACAGCGUCCGACAUGACAAACUCGUCACACCGAGUUGCUGUCAAGGUCGAGGCGCCGAGCCAGAUGAAGCCCGUGCUGGAAUGGGAAAGCCAAGUGCUUGUGGCACUGCAACGCAAGAGUCCAUACGUGUGCAAGUAUCACCACCACGGCAAACAUGGCGAGAAUUUCAUCCUGGUCAUGGAGUUGCUCGGCGACAACAUGUCGAAAAUUCGCCAGCAGCCAGACGCGGUCCACGGCGUCCCGUUGACCAAGUGCGUGUCGGCGGCAAUUCAAAUGCUCGACUGCCUCGAGUCGUUCCACCAUGCUGGGUUCAUCCACCGCGACAUCAAGGCGUCCAACUUUGCGCUGUCGAACGGCAAGGACCCAAAACGCUACUUUAUCAUUGACUUUGGGCUGUCCAAGCAGCACCUGGACCCGCAAGGCGCGCCGAUUCCACCGCGCGACAAAGCUGAAUUCCGUGGCACGUCCAUGUACGCGUCGCUCCAGGCACAUCGCCGCGAAGAUCUUGGUCGGCGCGACGAUUUAUGGUCGUGGAUGUAUCUCGUCCUCGACUUUGUGCGCGGCGAACUCCCGUGGGCCCACGACGCCCAAAAGAAGAACCGAGAGGUCGUCGUUGAGCUCAAGGAGUACUUCACGGAGCAGCACCCCGAGCAGAUGGUGGAGGGGCUGCCGGGCGCGCGCCACCUCCUCGCGAUCAUGGAGUACCUCAAGACGCUCGGGUACGGCGACGUGCCCAACUACAGCUACAUCCGCAAGGCAAUCAAGGCCGUCGAGGACGUGAACGACGAGGCGAGUCUGCUGCACGAGUGGGACGCCCUCCGGGACACCAAGGAUCGCGCGGCCAAGUGGGUCAAGGCGCUGAAGCAAGGCGUCAUGGACGACGACAUGCUGCUCAAGGUUGCCAAGCACUACGGGUCAUUCUUUGGGCUAGAGGACGCGCCCGAUCGAUUCAAGAUGCAGGAGCACAUUUGGAAAGUGGAAAAACGACUGAAAACGCAAACGUUGUCGGUGCUGCCGCCGACGAUCCAGUCGUACGGAGAGCGCCGGCAGGCCGAGCAGAGGAAAAAGGUCGAGUCGCUGCAGCGGCGAAGAGAGGCCGACAUGGCAGUACGACAAAACUUGGGCUCGGUAAAGCGCUUGACCCAACAGCUUGUCACGCCACCGUCCACGUUGUUGCCAGAUAUCCAGCAGGACGCCGCCCGCGUCAAGCUCUCGACCAACACGUCCGCGCUUCUCGUCCCGGGGGAAUCGCCGACCGUCGGCACUCCGACCAACGUGGUCGUCGAGAUGGACAUUUCGCCACUGCCGCAGGACAAAGCCGUGACCAUGCCAGCUCCUAGAAACGACGACAGACCUUCCCGGCCACCCAAACGGUCUCGGUGGGACGCAUAA